UCAGCUGUUAUUUAUUUUACUUUCACAAUAUUUAAUUUUUGGCAAUCAUAUUUCAAAUUUAAAAGAAUUCUGUUUUGUUUCACAAAAACUUAAUAAUUUGCUUUACUGACCAAUGUUCAUAUACAAAAGCAAUUAAAUAAAUUAUUAAUAAAGAUGGCUCUCAACCGCAUGGGAUCCUACCUUUUUUGUAGCUCCACCAGGUCAAGACUGUUUCAACAAAAUAGCACCAAAAAUAUAAGGCAUUUUCGCAAGUCUCGCAAUAGUGUUCAGCCUCACGAUGAGGCAAAAGUAAACCCGGGCAGCUUGGAAACUCCUUUUAGCAAUAUACAUGUAGGAGUUGCGGAUUUAAGCUUUAGGAGACUGUUAAAGCCUUUCGUUUUUACUGUUGGGUUUUCAGGUGCCACAUUUGUUGGCUGUGCUAUUUGGGAGUAUGAAAACAUGAGAGCACAUGCUGUCUCGAUGCUAAAAAGACCUAUUAAAUAUUUUAAGAGACAAGGUGAUUAUGGACUAGAAAGAUCUAAUAUGGUAGUGAAAGACAUCAAAAGAUGGUGGAACUCUUUAACACCAGGGCAAAAAGUGUUCGCCCCUAUUUGUGCAAUCAACAUUUUAGUAUUUUUUGCUUGGAGAAUACCCAGGUUACAUCCCUUUAUGAUAAAUUAUUUUGCCUCCAACCCCGCGAGUCCACAUCAGUGCCUGCCUAUGAUUUUAUCCACAUUUAGUCACUAUUCGGGAUUUCAUUUGUUGGCUAAUAUGUAUGUGCUGCAUAGUUUCAGCACAGGGGCCGUUCAUAGUUUAGGAAAAGAACAAUUUCUAGCAUUAUACCUCAGCUCCGGAGUUAUUUCUAGCUUUACCAGUUAUAUGUACAAAGUGUUAAGGAAACAGCCUGGCUUAUCUUUGGGAGCGUCAGGUUCCAUAAUGGCUAUUUUAGGAUAUGUUUGUAUGCAAUUUCCUGAAACGCAAUUAGGAAUUAUUCUUCUGCCAUUUUUUACUUUUUCAGCAGGAGCGGCAAUUAAAUUUAUAGUAGGUCUUGAUACUGCUGGAGUAAUAAUGGGUUGGAAGUUUUUCGAUCAUGCAGCUCAUCUGGGUGGAGCCGCUGUAGGAAUAGGUUGGGCUCUAUGGGGAAACAAACAGGUCUGGCCACAACGAGAACCAAUUUUGAAGUAUUGGCACGAACUUAGGGGUUCAAUAAAAUGAAACCUAAUUGACCUGGAAUAUUUUGUUUAAAUACUUUUACCUUACUUUAUUUUUAAUAAUGUUAUUAAAUUAUUUUUCAAA